AUGACAACCUCUGUGUCCUUCAGAAAGUUUGCUGUAGUCAGAAAUAACUUGAGUGACAGUUGCUUCAGGAACCUUGCCGAGGAUCGUAGUGGGAUAAACCUUAAAGAUCUGGUCCAAGACCCUUCUUUGUUGGGUGGGACUGUAUCUGCAUACAAGAUAGUGCCAGACGAAAUAGAAGAAAUCAAGGAGACGCUGAUAGAUUGGUGUGAUGAAAAGGAACUUAAUUUGAUUUUAACAACUGGAGGAACAGGGUUUGCACCACGAGAUGUCACUCCAGAGGCCACUAAAGAAGUAAUAGAGCGAGAAGCCCCAGGGAUGGCCCUGGCAAUGCUGAUGGGAUCACUUAAUGUUACUCCUCUGGGCAUGCUCUCUAGACCUGUGUGUGGAAUCAGAGGGAAAACUCUCAUAAUUAAUCUGCCAGGUAGCAAGAAAGGGUCACAGGAAUGUUUUCAGUUUAUACUGCCAGCCCUACCUCACGCCAUUGAUCUUUUGCGGGAUGCCAUUGUAAAAGUAAAGGAGGUACAUGAUGAGCUUGAAGAUCUACCUUCACCACCACCUCCUCUUUCUCCUCCUCCAACCACCAGCCCUCACAAGCAGACAGAAGACAAAGGAGUACAGUGUGAGGAAGAGGAGGAAGAGAAGAAGGAUAGUGGAGUUGCCUCAACAGAGGACAGUUCUUCUUCACAUAUCACGGCAGCAGCCAUUGCAGCUAAGAAGCAUCCAUCCUACACCAGUUCAGCUGUUAUCAUGGCAAAAGGUGAACAGCCCAUCCCUGGUCUCAUCAGUUAUUGCCAUCACGCAGCAGGCAGUGCAGGAGAACCGAUUCCAGAUUCCAUCAUCUCUCGUGGUGUUCAGGUGCUCCCACGUGAUACAGCUUCCCUCAGUACUACUCCUUCAGAAUCUCCUCGUGCCCAGGCCACCUCUCGUCUCUCCACUGCAUCCUGCCCAACACCAAAAGUCCAGUCUAGGUGCAGCAGCAAGGAGAACAUCCUCAGAGCAAGUCACAGUGCUGUUGACAUUACCAAGGUAGCAAGAAGACACCGCAUGUCUCCAUUCCCAUUGACAUCUAUGGACAAGGCCUUCAUCACAGUUCUGGAGAUGACCCCAGUGCUUGGAACGGAAAUCAUCAAUUACAGAGAUGGAAUGGGCCGAGUCCUUGCUCAAGAUGUAUAUGCAAAAGAUAAUCUACCACCAUUUCCAGCAUCAGUAAAAGACGGCUACGCUGUCAGAGCUGCUGAUGGCCCUGGAGAUCGAUUCAUCAUAGGGGAAUCCCAGGCUGGUGAGCAGCCAACUCAGACUGUGAUGCCGGGUCAGGUAAUGCGUGUUACAACUGGUGCUCCAAUUCCAUGUGGUGCUGAUGCAGUGGUGCAAGUGGAAGAUACAGAGCUCAUCAGGGAAUCGGAUGAUGGCACUGAAGAACUAGAGGUUCGAAUCCUGGUGCAGGCUCGACCAGGCCAAGAUAUCAGACCUAUAGGACAUGACAUUAAAAGAGGUGAAUGUGUGCUGGCUAAAGGAACCCACAUGGGUCCAUCUGAGAUUGGUCUCUUAGCAACUGUUGGAGUAACUGAAGUAGAAGUUAACAAGUUUCCAGUGGUUGCAGUCAUGUCAACAGGGAAUGAGCUACUGAAUCCUGAAGAUGACCUCUUGCCAGGAAAGAUUCGGGACAGUAACCGUUCCACUCUCCUAGCUACAAUCCAAGAACAUGGCUAUCCAACAAUCAACCUGGGAAUUGUGGGAGAUAAGAAGCCAGACGUUUUUAAAGAAGAAGGGACACAGAGCUUCCAGAACACUGCGGAGACAGGCCUACCAGAUUGCCCAGAUGAUUUACUGAAUGCACUGAAUGAGGGUAUCAGCCGUGCUGAUGUGAUCAUUACAUCAGGAGGUGUAUCUAUGGGGGAAAAGGACUAUCUUAAACAGGUGCUGGAUAUUGAUCUUCACGCACAGAUUCACUUUGGCAGAGUUUUUAUGAAACCAGGCCUGCCAACAACUUUUGCAACUCUGGAUAUUGACGGCGUAAGAAAAAUAAUCUUUGCGCUCCCAGGCAACCCUGUGUCAGCUGUUGUCACCUGCAAUCUCUUUGUUGUUCCCGCACUGAGGAAAAUGCAGGGUAUCCUGGAUCCUCGGCCCACCAUCAUCAAAGCCAGGUUAUCAUGUGACGUAAAAUUGGACCCCCGCCCAGAAUAUCAUCGGUGCAUACUGACUUGGCAUCACCAAGAACCACUACCUUGGGCACAGAGUACAGGGAAUCAGAUGAGCAGUCGUCUGAUGAGUAUGCGCAGUGCCAAUGGACUGUUGAUGCUACCUCCAAAGACAGAGCAGUAUGUGGAGCUUCACAAGGGGGAGGUGGUGGAUGUCAUGGUCAUUGGAAGGCUAUGAUGUCACCAGCAAGAGCGAAGCUUUGAUGCAUGUCCACAUAUCAUUGACUGUAUCCUGUAAUAUGCAACGGCACAGCUAGUUUUUCUGAUUUGGAUAAAAGUUGAUCAGUAUAGUCAACAUCUUGAAUUAUAUUUCAAAUGGAAUUUAAAUAAAUACCUUUUAAAAAAAACUUUAAAACAAAUCUUAACAAAGAAAUUUAUUCUGAUUAUAUCAAAGCAACUUUUUCCUUUCCUUGCAAUUGCUUUGUGUGUUCAAUGCUAGUUCUAAUAGCGGUAGCUUUUAGUAGACAGCAGUAGGUGCCUGCAGAACUUGUGUUUUUUCUCAUCUUUAAGAUACAACUACUUAUGCUCUUAAAACAAGGCUGUCUGCUUAUUUAUACUAGCGUAGACAACACUUGGAUUUCCCUUAUUAGUACGCUUCAUAACCGCUUCACAGAGAGCUUCUGCUUGUUCUUUAUCUUGUAUCUCGUGUUGAUGUGCACAGUGCCAAAAGCAGAGUGGCUGCACUGGGAACCCAAUGAAGCCCCGAGGUUUUCUCACCUCGCUGCGCAUUCAGGGAUCUCUCUUGUCCCGGCAGCCACCCAGCUCAGUACUCUUGGGCAGUAACUGGAUACCUUUUAUUUCAACAAACAAAAAAAUCGCUUCCUUAAGUGCUGACAGCCUUUUUAACCAAUACAUUUAAAAAUGUACAGAACUAAAAACUAAAAAAAAUCAAAGACUGAUCUUGUACAGAUAUUAGUGUUACCAGCAUUCGUGUGGAAAUUAAAUGAGCAAAGAAGUAAAACUAAUGUUAAACAACUCUGUACCAUAACAUUUUCUGUAAUGAUAUUGAAACUUAAAUGAAUAAAAAAAAUCCUCAAUCAUUAUUUAAAAUU